AUGGAGGAUUUUAAUAUCCCCAGCAACGAAAGGAUCGUUGUACUGAAAGCCCUCCAAGAAGAAAUAGGAAAUGUACCUCCAUACUUCUGGGCUUUCUGUCAAGUGUGUGACCUUCAGGCACUUCAAAAACUCACAGAUAUUGCUCGCAUUUCCCCUGCAAAUAAUUCGUAUAUUGGCCACACAGGCCUCUACAGCUAUAUUAUACUUAAUCAAGGCACGCCGCGUGUUUCCACUCCGAAUACAACACAUUUGAAACGGGGCUUGGGCUCAUCUUCAACCAAUUCUCCGCUUGCCAAGAGGCAAAAGAAAACUGAUUCACCUGUCAGUUCCCCCCUUGCUGAUAACCAGAGGAACACCAAUUCCCCUGUUAGUUCGCCGUCGUUGUAUCGAAGCAAGGCUGCCUCGGAUCUGGCUAGAGAUCGUGACCACCAUUGCUGUGUGCUUACUGGCGAUUCGGUCGUUGAAGUGGCACAUAUAUACCCAUUUUGCCGAAUAUCGACUUCAGAAGAGAACAUCUUUGGGGCGAGACACAUGUUUUGGGAGUAUUUGAAGAACUUCUGGUCAGAGGAGAAAGUGGCUGCUUGGAAAGCGGAAAUUUUCUCAAGAGGGCUAUCUAAAAUAGGAGACGAAAAGGUUGAUAAUCGAAUAACAUUGUCGAAGGUGGCACAUGCCCAAUGGAAUCGAGGGGCGUUUGCCUUAAAGCCAAUUUCUAUUUUUUUUUGGCAGAAGAAACAGACCGACAUCCAAUCAACUAUGACUCUUACGACGACACCUAUCUCCACCGAGAACCUCGAUCACAACGAAGGUGCAUUUGAUCACGGCUAUACGACGCUAUAUUGUCCAGGACCCAAAGCCAUCGAAUCCGGCCAAAUCUUCGAACUCAAGACUCGCGAUCCAAUAAAGCAACCCCUUCCCAGUUUCAAGCUACUCGAGCUCCAAUGGGCUUUAACGCGUGUGGUAGGUAUGGCUGGGGCUGCCUUUCCCUAUGAACCAAGUUCUGGAGACGAUUCAGACGAGGAUAUCCCGGGUUUGGAUUUAGAUGAAGCAGGAGACACAUCUGUUCUUUCGGAGAUUCUUUAA